GCAUAAAACAUCAUCACAACCCUUAUCGUUUUAACUAGUGAAGACAAGGCCAUGUUUCAUCUACUUUCUGUGUUCAUCUUGUUUCUUUUCAUAUACAACUCUAAUUCUUUAAAUACUUUCAUAGCUCUCCUAGAUCCUCUCUCGAAACCCUCACCUUUCCUCUCUCAAAAACUUUGGUACUCUUCAAUCAUUUCUUCUUCGCCUGCUUCUUCUUCUUCUAUCAUUCAUGUUUAUAGUGCUCCAAUCCAUGGCUUCUCUGCAACCCUCACACCUGACCAAGUUAAAAGCAUCCGGAAGCUCCCUGGAGUUCUCUCCCUGCUCCCUGACAAAGUCUUGCAACUCCACACCACACGUUCACCAUCAUUUCUUGGCCUGGAAACCCCAAAUCCUUGCAUGAUAAAUACUUCAGAAUCCAAUUCGAUUAUUGGGUUUAUCGACACUGGUAUUUGGCCCGAACACCCGAGUUUCUCUGACCAUAACCUUGGACCAAUACCAGUUCACUGGAAAGGCCAAUGUGAAAGUGGCUUCAGAUUCAAUCAUACAAAUUGUAACCUUAAAAUCAUAGGUGCCCGUUUCUUCUCCGGUGGAUAUGGCUGGUUUGGCCAAAUGGGUAAACCCGUUAAGGAAUUUCGGUCACCAAGAGACUGUGGGCACGGCACGCAUGUCGCAUCCAUUGCUGCAGGGUCUCCUGUACCAGGUCCGGGUUUUUUGUUUUGCGUUUGGGUGGCCCGUGGCAUGGCACCGAGAGCAAGAAUUGCAGUGUACAAGGUUUGUUGGGCUUCAGCUGCGUCAGCCGGAAACGAGGGACCCACAUUGGCAACUGUGGCUAACGAGCCACCGUGGAUCACCACUGUCGGUGCCGGAACGGUUGACCGUGAUUUCCCAGCUACCAUACAUCUCAAGAACGAGGUAUCAGUUCUCGGUACAUCCAUCACCUUGAUGCAGGAUGAUAUAUUGACCCGAAAAUAUUACUUGCUCCACUUUGCUGCCAAAUUCAAUUCUUCGUCUGGAUUCAAUUUCUCUCGCCAAUUAAUCGAGGGUAAAAUUGUGUAUUACCGGACAGAAGGAUACGUAGCAAUGUCACUUGGGGCUGUGCUUAAAAGAGCUAGGGCAAUAGCCAUGAUACUUUCUCACGGAAAUAUUGAUCCCGAUGGAAUAGUUUCGGAGCCCCAUGUAAUCCCAACUAUUAGCAUCGGGGCUUUAGAAGGCAAGGUAAUUGAGGACUAUAUUUUACAUGAUGAAAACCCAAUGGCUAAAAUAUCAUCACAAGGAACAAUUUCAAUGCAUGCAAAGCCAGCUCCAAUUGUUGCCUCUUUUUCAUCAAGAGGUCCUAAUUCUCUUGUACCUGGAAUUCUAAAACCUGAUAUUCUAGCUCCAGGUGUGAAUAUUUUGGCAGCGUGGACGGAUGCGAUUGGGCCAUCUGGCAUGGCAUUGGAUUUUCGGCGGUCAAGCUUUAACAUUAUGUCUGGGACGUCGAUGGCCUGUCCGCACGUUUCAGGUGCCGCGGCGUUGAUCAAAUCAUCCCACCCGGAUUGGGGUCCAAAUGAGAUAAAGUCAGCCUUAAUGACUACAUCAACUGUCCAUAAACAUUAUAAUUACAAUAGAAAUAAGCCAUGGUCUCCAAUUUCGGAUGAGUCUACAGGCAAUGCUGCUACCCCAUUUGACAUUGGAUCAGGGCAUAUGCUACCUAUAAAAGCAAUGGACCCCGGUUUAGUUUUUGGUUUGGAACACCAGGAUUAUGUUAAUUUCUUAUGUGAAUUGAACUACACAAAGAAACAAUUACAAAUUGUUACAGGAAAAAAAUCCCAUUGCUCGAAUGAUAGUACAUGGCAGUUGAAUUAUCCAACUGUAACAGUCGAGGCAGAAAAGGUUUGGCAUGGGGCAGUAGUAGUAGCUAGGAAAAUGACGAAUGCAAAUAAAGGGUCCAGUGAGUACAAGGCUAAGGUUGUCGGUCCGAAAGGGUAUUAUAAGGUGGAUGUGAAGCCGAAGAGGCUGAAAUUUUCUGGUAUCUCAGAUCAGAGCUUGAGUUUUAGAAUAGUUUUAGAGAAAGAAAAUAAUAUGCACGAGAGGAAGAAAUUGUGGUUUGGGGCGUUAAUUUGGAGCGAGAAACGGGGAAAGCAUAAGGUAAAGUGUCCUAUAAAUUUUUCUGCCAAAGAGUACUCAAGUGGAUGA